UCGAAGGCGACCCCGGUGACCGGCGACCAGCGGCUGCGGCAAUACAACUCUUGUGCAGGCAGUUUUCAACAAGAACGCCUGGGAGUUCGCCGUCACCAGGAAGUUCCAAGGAGUGGACGGUUCUGGAGUUCGCAUAUAGUGCCUGUAUCUGGUUGGUGUAACAAGCAUGCUACUAGAGAUUUCUGUACUUCCGAAAAAGUUACCAGAGGUCGAGUAUAUCAGCCAGAGGAGCUAGAACCAACUACACCUGCGAAGGAUACUGAUAUAAUAAUUGAUCGCAUAAAAAAGAGCACAAGGGAAUUGGAACAAGGGCCUAUUGGAAAAAAAUUAUCUUCGGCAGAGAAAAGAGAAUAUCUUGUCAAUACUCUUCUUGGCCUUGAAGAUUCAAGAGAAGUUGUUUAUGGCACCCUUGAUGCUUGGGUUGCCUUUGAGCAUGAUUUUCCUCUGGCUUCACUAAAGCAAGCACUUUCAAUUCUUGAGAAGGAGCAACAAUGGCAUAGAAUUGUCCAGGUGAUAAAAUGGAUGCUAAGCAAUGGGCAAGGAAACACAAUGGGAACAUAUGAGCAAUUAGUGCGUGCACUUGAGAAGGAUAAUAGAGCUGAGGAAGCACAUAAAAUCUGGCAGAAGAAAAUAGCCCAUGACCUGCAUUCAGUUCCUUGGCGUUUCUGUCAUCUAAUGCUGGCAAUCUAUUACAGAAAUAAUAGGCUAGAAAGGCUCGUGAAGCUCUUCAAAGAACUAGAAGCAUGUGGUCGUAAACCUCCAAACAAUGAUAUUAUAUGGAAAGUGGAAGAUGCAUAUGAAAUUCUUGGACUAAUAGAAGAAAAGAAAGCGUUGCUUGAAAAAUACAAAGAUUUAUACAACAAGCCAUCUCGUGGUGAUCGAAAGAAAGGCUCCAAAUCCAAAAGGACUGAGAUGAAUAAGACAGGCGCGGAUGGCAGCAAGAUGGAAACAUCUGUAAAUCUUCAAGUUUACUGUUGCCCUUUAGAUGAAGAAUCUGCUGCCACUGUUAAGUCAUGACAAGAGAUUCAUUACUGAUCCACUGACGAGGCUACAAGAUGAGGCAAAAACUGGAUGCUGCCAGCAUUAGUACAUGUCUAGCUGAUGCAGACAGUAGUGGGCGUCACCUAAUUUGGGACAUGCCAUCUUCUUUUCCCCCUGAUGCUGGUGAUAGUUUGCAAUAUUCUGAAUUUUAUUUUGGUAAGUCUGCUUGGGCAAAAUCGAACGUGAAACAUAUCAUCGCCGCAGACAUCAAUGGUUACUCUUGGUAUUGUCUAGCCAUGGACCCAUGGUACAAGGGCAUUUGUAUUUGUUGAGAAACUGAAAAUUUUGGGUUCUUUUUAGCACCAUCUUGCCCUGUCUAAGAACGACAGAAUCACACCAUUAUCACUUAUGCACCUGUUGUAUAAUCUGCAGUGUUGAUUGCUAGCGAAAUGUUGUAUACUGUAUACAUGCACCCAUCCCAUGUAAUCCGCACGGGAAGUUGAAAUUUAUUUAUAUCUUAAGCGUUGCUGAAA